AUGACCAGGUUCAACAAGGAAAGACUUCAGAUUCCCGACCUACAUAUAACCGCAGCAGUUUCUGCCCUCACAUAUGCCAUAAAGUGUGAGGCCUUCAAGAUGUCUUUAUCCAAAACUCCGCCAAAGACAGUGACCGAGCUUCUUACCCGAGCCGAGAAGUACAUAAAUAUGGAGGAAACACUGAACCCGAGAAAGGUUGGACCAUCCCAUGACAAGAUCGAGCAUAAAAGACAGCAUGACCCGAACCCUCGUGAAGAACAGCAUCGGAAAAAACAGAGACAGGAGGUUCUCCCGACGCCGUUCACACGUUUAAAUACGUCAAAGACCAAUAUAUUGAUGGAGAUCAAGGAUAUGAAGGAACUGAAAUGGCCAGUCAGAAUGAGGUCCCCACCCGAAUCCAGGGACAUGAACAAGUACUGUGAGUUCCAUCGGGAUCACGGGCAUACCACGGAGAACUGUAAGGCCCUGCAACGGGAGAUUGAAGCCCUUAUUAAAAGAGGACUCCUGAGCUCCUACGUCGGUAACGACAAACGCCCGAGGAAUGAUCGUGGCAGGGAAAAAGACCCUGAGGCAAAAAGGGAUGGUCAACCCACUGCUGGAACCAUCAAUAUCAUCAUUGGAGGUAUUGCCUCGGGAGGAGACUCCAACAAUGGAAGAAAGCAAUAUGCCCGACGAUUUGCCUUGGCCUCCAGGAUGCCUCAGGGAAAGCUGGAGGAUAUUACUUUUGGGACUGGAGACUUAGAAGGCGUAUCACUUCCACAUGAUGACGCCUUGACAGCUGCCAGACAAUGCUAUGUUGCUAGUGUUCGGGAAAUAAAUAACGACGUCAUGCAAAUCUCGAGGAUGGAUCCCGAGGACGGGCAACAAGUCAGACUUGCUCCUGUCGAAGAAUUGAUGGAAAUUGAGCUCGAGCAUGAUAAGAAGGUGACGAUUGGUCGGGAUCUUGACGUCACCCUGAAGACAGAACUUGUUAAUUGUUUAUCUCGCAACAUUGACGUUUUUGUCUGGAAGGUUGAGGAUAUGUCAGGGAUAGACCCUAAAAUUGCAGUCCAUAGGCUUAACAUUAGCCCAGGAGCCAGACCGGUAAAGCAGAGGAAAAGGCAGUUUACCCCAGAAUGA